AUGGAGAGGACGAGCGAGCUGGGAAUUGCAUCUCGUCGUGGACGUAGAAGAAGGAUUCCGAGGCCGAUUACAAGGGAAUUCUCUGCCGCAGCCUCCAGAACUUCCUCCCACCACCCUGGAGGUGCACCCAAUCCGCCGCCGCCGGGAAAAGGCGGUUCCAGUGCCAAAAUUUUCCUCGGGAGCGCUGCUGUUGGUGCUGGGUUUGUGGCAGCUUACAAAACCGGGUAUCUAGACCCAAUUUUCGGUGCGAAAGAGAAGAGUGAUUCGGUUAAGGAUGCCGCCAUUGGUUUCGAGGAUCACAAACAUGUAGGAGAAGAAAAACAUGAUGAAGAAAGAGCUGGCAUUGCUGAGGAGAAGGUGGAAACGCAGUCGGAUGUUCCCAAUGUUGAGGGUUUGAGUGGAAUUAAUGGCGAAAACCCGCAGUCUUAGGUGGCUGAUGGUAAUAAACCGGAGAGUGACAUCACAA